GUAUUAAAAUAUCUACAUUAGGUAUUAUUACAGAUGCAAUAAGCAACCACGCCAAUCCUAAAUACAUACGUAGACAAAUGUAUGUAUAAAUAUCCCUUACGUGUAUAAAAUUUAACCGUCUCACAGAGUCAAAACCAGGCUAAAAAUUCCUAUAUUGUUCCACUUCUUCUUCCCGUUUGGCAUCAACUCUUUCGGAAUAUUCACCUCACACUUUUAGAAAUUAGAUACAAGAAACGAUUUCUGCAUUAUAUUUAUAUGAAAAAAACUGCUAAAAUGUCCCAAGCGCAAGUAUUAGUCCCCCGUGGUCAAGACGGCGGCCGGAGGGUCAAACAACAAGCCGGAGACUUUAUUCAGACAUUUCAUCCGAGAAUAUUCUGGAUGCGGGAUUUCCCUCAAGGCAGCAGCUUAUUGCGUCGCAAUUUUGGGAAUUAUCCUCUUCUCGUCUUUUAUGCUGGUGACGUCGUACUUCUACCUUUUUGGUGAACGUGACGCAUGCGUAGAAAAUUCGAUCGUUGUUGCGAGGGAGAAAAAUACGUCCUCGUCCAUCUCUGAGGGAUUCAUGAUCUUUGGAAUUGUCCUCUCUGUGAUCCUGGCUUUAAUCCACGUCAGCCUUUUAGGGGGAAUACACCAGGCGAGCUUCGAGGCCGUCACGGGCUGCUGGAAAAGUAUGGUCGGCUUCUUCACUGUUUAUUUUGGAUUAAUGGUUUUCGCGCAUAUCAUGGAAGGUAAAAACCUUUCCAUUUCGAAAGAAGAGGUUUUCAUAACUUUGUCCAGUUUCUACGCAAUUUGGCUCGUUGGUUGCUUCCGAGUUGAAAUGAAGGUCAAAAUGGAAGCUGAGAAAUCUAACAACGCUGACAACUAUCUUGAUACGGUUGAGAUAAUUGAAAAGUGAAUUUCCGAUUUAGUAAUUCUGUUGAUUUACAGUGCGAUGGUGUCAAGUGUAAAGCUCCGAUGUGGUUCAAAUUUUUAAAUUUAGUGGCCUGAGGCAAUAUUUAUUUGUCAAAAUAUGCAAAACCAAAUUUGCCAAAUGAGCGAUUUUUAUGAAGCUCGGGAAGAAAAUUCCACUCCAAUUCCCUUCGAAGGGAAAAAUUGCCCAUUUACCAACUUUGGUCUCUAAAAUUUUUACAAAUUCCAGCCAUCGUAGAAACUACCACAAGAAGGUUGGUUGUACUGAUUCGGACCCCAUAAAUUAAAAAUGUCCACCAAAUCGGAGGGUUGCACUUCAAACCAUCGUAUUGUUAAAUGGGAGAUUGUUGGUCAUACAUAAGACUUUAUUCGGUUAAAUUUAAAUAUAUAUAAUCAAAUAAUUUAUACGCAUACAAAAUACAUGACUUAAAUUUCAUGUAUGUAUGAUGUACUUUAAUUCUUCCGUAUAAAACUCUAACGCCAGCGUGAAACGUUAGUUGUAAAAAUAUGCUUCUGUCGUCAAAGUGGAACACAUAUUUCAAUAAUACUUACAUUGAAUUAACUUUGACGUAUUUAAGUUUAAAGUUAACUUAGCUUUGGCCCUUCUUCAUCCACCAUCAAAAAAUUGUACGGUUAAUGAAUAAAGUAUAUCCAUUCUAAAGUUUAUGUGUAAUUUCGUGUUCCAACUUAAUAAUUUUUACGAUCAGUAAACAAGUAUUUAAUUAUUCA